GGCCCUCGAAUGCUGCAGGACGAUCGCCAGGCAAGAAGGAUCAAGUCCAAAAUACGGCCAGUAUCGCACUGGAUGUAGUCGCAAACGUAGCAGAGGCCUCGGAUAUCCUCGCCCUCUCAAAGCAGCCUGCAGAGCAACAAAGUCAAUCAUCGACGUCAAGCAGGCCAUCGACGAUAAUCAAGGAGACUGGAGGACCUUAUAUCGAGGACCGGCAUAGGCAGUUCACGGAAGCGUUGGCCCUCUUCACGGGCUACCGAGUUCAUGUCAUCGAACACAAGGUAGAAGCAGUCUCCUCAGACGUCGACGCAUCCUUUAUAUUCCAACUCCUGAUGGUGGCAUCCGCCCCAUCCUCGGUCCACAGAACCUGUCUACAAGGAACGCGUCAGGCUGUCCUUCAGACAAUCCAGAAUUGGGCUGAGGAUGAUACCUCAGACAAACCAAUAUUCUGGCUCUGCGACAUAGCCGGCUCUGGCAAGUCCACAGUUGCAAUGUCAGCCGCGUCCUGGCAUGUCGAGGGAACACUAGGAGGCCAAUUCUUUCUCCAUAGCAAUAGCGAUACAUCGACAAUAGAAAAGUUCUGCUCGACCAUGGCAAGAGAUCUUGCCCAACACAUUCCGGAACUCGCACCCCACGUCGCAGAUGCCGUCAAACGGAACCCAUCCAUCAUGCGGAGUUCGUUAGAGGAACAAUUCCACACACUCAUCAUCGAUCCACUCCGUCAUCGAGAUGGACGCGUAGUUCUUGUCGUUGACGCCAUAGACGAAUGCAAAUCUGGACCUCAGCGAAAGGAACUUGUGGACACGCUUGCUAAAGCCGUUCGACAAAGCAAGAGCCUCAAGGUAUUCAUCACGAGUCGGCCAGAUGCCGUCAUCGAAUCGGUUCUUCAACCACUCUCGAUCAAAUGUAAAUUGGAAGACCGGUUGCAUGAUGUCAAACAUCGUGACAACGUAGAUGACAUCGCGACGUAUGUCCAUCAAUCACUCUACACUGUUCUACCCGAGGACAAGAGACGGCGGCUGAUUGAGAAGGCGAGGGAUUGUUCAUCUGGGCGAGCACCGCAUGUCGAAUGA